ACAAGUGAAACAAGCCUUUGAUUUACCUAAAGGUAUGGUGUGCAUUAUUAAUUUAUAUACUUACUACUAAUGAAUGAUUCAAAAGAUAACUUAUGUUUCCUUCCAUCUAGCAGAUGAUGACUUGAUUAGAGAAGAACAAUUUGUGAAUUUUGCACCACUUAAAGACCAUGAUUUACCUCCAGGUAUUGGUCCUCAAUUAUUAUUUUGUUAUUAUUAUGUGUCUAUUGUUGGAAUAUUAAUGUUGUUUAACAAUAUUCAGAUGAUAAUAUGAUGCCAAAAACAGUUGUUACUGAUGCACGAUAUGAAGACCAUGACACUGAUUUACCUGAAGGUAUUGGUCAUAAAUGCUAGCUUAAAAUUAUUAUGAGUCCAAAACAAAUUUUAAAUAUUUAUGUUUGACAAACUUUUAGAUGACAAUGAGGAUAACCCAGAUGAGGAUUUUGGUGACAAUGAGGAGAAUGCAACACAAUCCAGGAAAUUUGUUAGUGCGAGAGAGUACUACUGCUUCAAACUGCAGGUCAGGAAGAAGCUUUUUAACAUCAUUUUGUUCGGGGGGCGCCUUUUCCAGCAGUGGGCUGUUGACAUGUAUAUCAAAAUUGAGACUAUGAGGCUUGAUUGGUACUCAAAGCCGGCAAAUCAGAAGAUUAUACGUGCCGACCUCUACCAGGUAGGGCGCUUCUGUUUCUUCGCAUACAUUAUAUAAAUGGUGCAUGCUUUUCUAUAACCUUCUGUACUUUUAUUAUAGGGUCUUGUUGACACGGUUGUUGCUGGUGAGUCACGCGGUGAUCGGAUUGGCAAAAGAAUCGUGCUUCCACGUAAAUUUCCUGGUGGUGACCGCGACAUGCAACGGAGGUUCCUGGAUGCGAUGGCAAUAGUUCAGCGCUGGGGUAAACCAGACUAUUUUGUCACGAUGACUUGCAAUCCCUAUUGGGAGGAGAUAACCGAGAAAUUGUUUCCUGGGCAAUUGCCACAAGACCGUCCAGACCUGGUGGCAAGAGUAUUCAAGGCGAAACAACGAGAUUUGAUGAACUUACUAACUAAAGGUAAGCAUUUCGGAGAAGUCGCAGCUUAUGUACAUGUCACAGAGUUUCAGAAAAGAGGUCUCCCGCAUGAACAUAUACUUCUAAUCAUGAAAGCGAAAAGCAAGUUAGCGACCCCAGAUGACUAUGAUCGGGUGAUAUCUGCAGAGAUGCCUGAAAAAGAGAAAUACCCUGUUCUGCAUGAUCUGGUCGUCAAACACAUGUUGCACGGACCCUGCGGUGAGUUGAAGAAAAGUUGUCCUUGCAUGAUUGAUGGACAAUGCCGGUUUCAUUACCCACGAGAAUUUUGUGAUGCCACACAGCAAGGGAAAGACUCAUAUCCCAUCUAUAGAAGGAGGGACAAUGGGCGUGGAGUCAGGAUUAGAGGAGCAGAUUUGGAUAACAGAUGGGUCGUCCCUUACAACCCCUUUCUGCUCAUGCGAUACAACUGCCACAUUAAUGUUGAAGCAUGCUCGAGCAUCAAGGCAGUGAAGUACUUGUUCAAAUACAUCUAUAAAGGGCAUGACAAAGCAUCCUUUGCAUGCGAGCAGGAUAUCAUCAAUGAUGGUGGAAUCGUCAAUGAAUUUCGACAAUAUAGGGAUGCACGCUUUGUAUCUCCUCCAGAUGCGAUGUAUCGGCUUUAUGGUUAUAAAUUAUUUGGUGUAAGUCCAUCCGUAUUGCAGCUCCAGCUUCAUUUGCCAAACAUGCAUACAGUCGCAUUUAAAGCGUGUGAAAAUCUGGAAGAUGUUGUCGCUCGACCAUCUUCUUCCAAGUCAAUGCUUACUGAGUACUUUGAGAUGAACCGGAAGUUUCCGGCAGCACGGAAAUGGUUAUACAGAGAGUUUCCAGAACAUUAUAGAUGGAUUGAUGGAAAUAAGAAAUGGCAGAAUAGAAAAAGUAAGAGAUCACAGAUUGGAAGACUUGUGUACGCACACCCUGCUGACGGAGAUAGGUACUACCUGCGUGUGCUCUUAAGUCAUGUCCGAGGAGCCACUUCAUUUGAUGAUUUAAAAACUGUAAAUGGCAAGCUAUGCGAUUCCUUUAGGCAGGCAUGUGAGCACUUAGGCCUCAUUGAGCACGACAAAACCCUUGAUGAUUGCAUGACUGAGGCAGCCACAUUUCAGAUGCCUUGUGCCCUAAGAAGGUUGUUUGCGACUAUACUGGUAUUUUGUGAGGCAACAGAAAUCCAACAAAUGUGGGACAAACAUCUAACAUCAAUGUCUGAGGAUUACCAUCUUAAUCAAUCAAAUGAGGCAGCAAUAGAACAAAUCGUCCUUAGAGAUAUCAAGGAUAUGUUGCAAUCCAUGGGAAAGGAUAUUACAAGCUAUGGACUUCCGGAUCUGGUUGAGACCGAUAGUUCUUAUGAUGCAGAGUAUAGAGAGGUAGUAGAGGAGAGACAAGUCAAAGUAGACAAAGAACAUCUAGAUCUAUUUGACAGUUUGAAUGGUGAGCAGUUGGCUGGUUUCAAUGAUAUAAUGGAUAAUGUGACAAACAAAAAAGGUCAGAUAUUCUUCGUUGAUGGUCCAGGAGGUACCGGAAAGACGUACUUAUAUAAGGCAUUGCUUGCGAAGGUGCGUUCCAUGGACCUAAUAGCGAUUGCAACUGCUACAUCAGGUAUAGCAGCAUCGAUAAUGCCUGGAGGCCGUACUGCACACUCCAGGUUCAAAAUUCCAAUCAAGCUCAAAGACAACAGCAUGUGUAGUUUCACAAAGCAGAGUGGUACGGCGGAGUUGCUAAAACAGGCAUCCUUGAUAAUUUGGGAUGAAGUCGCUAUGACCAAACGUCAAGCAGUUGAGACGCUUGAUAGGUCGCUCCAAGAUAUAAUGGAAUGUCCUUUGCCGUUUGGCGGAAAGGUUGUCGUCUUUGGUGGGGAUUUCAGGCAGGUUCUUCCCGUUGUGACACGUGGUACUAGAGCACAGAUCACAGAUGCUACACUUCUGAGAUCCUAUCUGUGGGAGAAGACACGCAAGAUACGCCUCACGCGGAAUAUGAGGGCACAGGAUGAUCCUUGGUUCUCCGAAUACCUUCUAAGGAUCGGCAACGGAACAGAACAUACAAUUGGUGAUGACUAUGUGCGUCUCCCAGAUGACAUUGUGAUCGGAUAUACUGAGGAUGACAAAGCUAUUAACACACUCAUCGAAAGUGUCUUCCCAUCGCUGCAUGCAAACGCUAGAUCGAGAGGAUACAUGAGCACACGUGCAAUCCUUUCAACCAAAAACGAGCAUGUUGAUGACCUGAAUGACAAGAUGAUCUCCAGGUUUCCAGGUGAAGAAAGGUUAUACCAUAGCUUCGACUCAAUCGAGGAUGACUUGCAGAAUAAUUACACUAUUGACUUUUUGAACUCGAUCACACCAAAUGGCCUGCCCCCGCAUGUUUUGAGAUUAAAAGUCAACUGCCCGGUCAUUCUGCUCAGGAAUCUCGACCCUCAUAAUGGCCUAUGCAAUGGAACACGGCUUAUGAUCAGAGCCUUCCAAGAUAAUGCAAUCGACGCGGAGAUUGUUGGUGGUCAGCAUGCUGGAAAGAGGGUAUUCAUACCUAGGAUCCCUAUGUCGCCCUCAGAGGAUAUCUCACUUCCCUUCAAACUCAAGAGAAAACAGUUCCCCAUCCGCCUGAGUUUUGCGAUGACCAUUAACAAGGCACAGGGCCAGACCAUACCAAACGUCGGUAUUUACCUUCCCGAGCCUGUAUUCUCACAUGGCCAGCUAUAUGUCGCAUUGUCAAGGGGAGUGUCAAGAAAGACGACACGGAUUUUGGCUAAGCCGAACAAGGAGGUUGAUAAAUCUGGGAAAAGCACCAAAAACAUUGUAUAUAGAGACGUUUUGGAGGGGUGAGGCAGAUCUGACCAUGGCGGGUUGCUAAUGAUACUAUUAGUUUCUAUUUCAUUAUAUGUGAAUUUCCUUUGGUGAAGAUAAAAUGAUUUCUACGGUCAGGUAUGCUUCUACUUG